GCCGCAAACAGCGCCGCAGCGACCCAGCAACCGCCUGCCUACCCCCGCACCUCUCUCUCAGACACCGGCACCACGAAACGGCCCCGCGACGCACGGCUCCUCCAUCUCGUCCUCGCGAACAUGGGCGUCCACGCUUACAGCGAGCGCGUGCCGCUGCAGCUGCUCGACUUCGCCUACCGCUACACCAGCUCCGUCCUCAGCGACGCGCUGUCGUAUGGCGAGCCGGCGCCGGCGCCGUCGGGGAAGAAGGGCGCGAGUAGUGGGGAGGAUUCGGGGGUUAGUCUGGCGGCGUUGAGGACGGCGGUUAGUGCGAAGGCAGCAUACCAGUUUCAGCCUGCGUUGCCGAAGGAGUUUUUGGCGGAGGUGGCAGGGGAGAGGAAUCGGGUGGCAUUGCCGAGGGUGGAACGGGAGUAUGGGGUACGGUUGCCGCCGGAGAGGUACUGCUUGACCGGAGUGGGGUGGGGGGUUAGGGAUGAGUGGGAGAGCGAGGGGGGGGAGGGGGAGAAAAUGGUGGGAGUGCAGGUGGAUGCGGUAAUGGGAGGAAUGGGGGCGGCGCAGGAGGAGGAAAUGGAUGAGGAUGAGGAG